AUGCCUCGACUGGCAAAAAGCUGGCUGUCCCCACUUCCUCACCUACCGCGAGUAUUCACCGUCAUGUUGUCGACGCAGGAACUAGGCGUGCGCAUCGUCUACGGUGGUUCCAAGGCUUGCUACCUCACGCGGGAAGAUGCUGCCCAUCGCGCGGUCGUCCGCCGUGUCAUCCUGAACGACCUCAAGCGCAUGGAACUGCCCCGGCCUGACGCGGUCUUCCUUGAGCCUGCGGCUGCGGAGAUGCGCUUGUUGUGGUCCUGGAGUGGAGGUGUCUUGGAUCCCAUCCCGGUGAUUUAUGCGGCAGAGGCGCAGAGCAAGGCGAUCAUGGCGUCGCGCUCGCCUGGUCUGCUCAAGCUGCUGCAGAUUACGGAGAUUGCUGCGCUCGAUCUCCGUGUCGCAAGGCCUGAGGCGCUGGCCGUACGUCUCGAGCUCCCGCUGGAAUCUCAUCCACACGACUCUUCAACCAACUGGACAUCUUGCGCGAAGAGCGUCACCUCCACCUCUGCGCCUACUAGGGAUCGCUCUACGCUAGAAGACUUCAAGGAGAACAUCAACCCAGCUCCUGAGCUCGACCUCAACUCUGGCAGUGCUACACAUUUGGGCAGCGAUCUCCUGGCGACGUCUUCUCAACAAUCCAGUGCAUCUUUCAGCGCAUAUACCCAGCAAACUAGCGCUCUUUCUAAUGGCCACAGCGACAUGGUAUUGGAAACCCCUCCUCUCGGGUUUGCAGAAGACUGGGCCCAGCAAACAUCCCUACGUGACAAGCUAACUACCUGCAACAACACGAAUACUUCGACGUCGACGACUGGUUCGUUUCUCAACCACUGUUCUCUCGCUCCACACCCAAGCCAUUCUUCCUCGGCGACCUCCCAAGAUCUGAAUCCGUCUUCGGCGUCGUUGUCCGUGUCGACGGAUGCGGCCGUUGUCUCUGCAGCUGUUUCUGUGAAGCAAGAGGCUGUGUCCGUUGAUGGCUGUGUCGCUGGUCAGCACGCUCUGGCAUCAACCUCCGGUCUCAGCAAACGGACGACCAGAAACACUCCCGUGUCUGAAUCGUCUGUAGAUCUGCUCGUGGAACCUGCUCUCCUUGAGUCUUCUGCUCGCAUUGUUUCCGAAGAGCCCUUACCCACCGGUGUCUCUGCCAUCCCUCUCAUCCUGGAUUGUAGUGCCCCUCUCAGGCUUGCCGACGCGACGAGCGUACCGUCGACUACACUGGUCCCAACAAGGCGCCCCUUGAAGCGGUCUGCUAGUAUGCUCUCUGAUUCUGUGAGCCUUGGUGUCUACUGUGUUCCGGGCACCUCCUUGGAAGCUUCGACAACUGCGCACACUCAGGACUCGCGUACCCCGUCGUCAUACAGUGCGACCUCUCACGCCUCUGGGACGACUACGCCGAAGUUGAGACGUCCCCGGUCUGGGUCGCCUGGCCUCGGUGAUGACGGUCCUUUGCUCGGUGCCUCUGGCUCCCGCUCCGGUACAUCUGGCGCCGACGACUCGUGUAAUCCCGGUGCAACUGACCCUCAAGCCAUUGGUUCCGUCAAGCUAGAAAACGACGACAAACCUCUGCCUCUGUCAAGCGCUACGGAGGACUCAGAGGCUUCCGCGGGACGCAAGAGACCCAGGCAUCCACGCGCCCGCGGCGGCAAGAAGGUCCAGGCGGCCAAGGUGCGCAAGGCUCUCUUUGUCGAGAGAACCGUCGCCGCCCUCGCCGUCACCGAGGAGGAUGCGGCGGCGAUGCCCGACUCUGGGGUUGACGAAGAGUGGGACGUGGAGGCGGCGUUGCGCGCUUUGCGGGCGGACGGGCGGGCGAGGAUGGAUGGAAGAGGCAUUCAGGAAACGGGGCCCUCUGGAGGGAGGAGGUCGUCCGCGCGCAAACCGACUUCCACCCGCCCGUGGUUCACGCAGGUCUUCAAGACGCAGAUCUUCAAGGUCCUCAAACAGGAUACGAGUUCGCGGAAGCGUAUGGAGCCUCGGCAGAGGUUCGGGCGAGCGUUGUACCUCCCGAAACAGUCGAGGCAUCGUGAACUGGAGGACGACUGUGGCGUGUCCAUAAUGUUCAAUACCCAAUGGGUCGUGGCUUUGGUAGAUAUGCCCCGGAAGAAGGUGAAGAUAGGUGUGAAAGAAGAGACCUCUUGCCAAGAGGUGUCGUUCGAGAGCUGA